AGGAACGUUGUUUCAUUUUGAUCUCCACAAUAAAAUCAACCUGAACCUCAAAUCUCUUCUGGACGUUGGACUUCUUUCCUGAGCUGCAAUCCCACUGAAAUGCUGCUUCAGUCAACUUUAGAGCUGGAGGUGUGUCCUGUGUGUGGGUGAGGCUCUGUAACAGCUGCAGGCUGCAGAUCUCCUGUUUGAGGACUAAAUCAAAGCUUUUACCUGAAAAUCCAAGAAAAGAAGAAGAAGAUACAAAGUUUAAUCCCUCCGUGUGAAGAAGAGUCGUUUUUUUCUUCCCUUCCUGCAGAGAAACCAGGAGGAAAACGACCCGGCUGCUGCUGCUGCAGGAUGUGAGAAAAAACCACAACACGAAAACACAGAAAAACUAAAACGUCCAGGUCAGAGGUCGACAGAAGACAAACAUGGCUUUGUUCUUCUCCGGAGCUGUUACAAGUUCUCCAAUCAAACGGAAGUUGAGAGCCCAUCAGUCCUGUCAGAGCCUCGACGUGUCCCUCCUCUCCCCCGACUCCUCCUACGUCUGCUACCCGUCGGUGGACGGCGGCGAUCCGUGCUCCUGCCGCCGCUCGCCACGCCUCCUCACCAACGGCUACUACAGCGUCACCGAGGACAGCUUCUCCUGGGACGACGACGGCAACGUGUCGCUGACUCCCUGCACAACCAGCGUGUCCUACAAGGAGAACCUGGUCCGGGUUUUCCGGCGCAGGCGGAGGCCUCGCGGCUCUUUGGCUCGCCUGCUGAGCGACGUGACGGAGAGCUGCCAGUCCUGGCUGGACGAGAAAGUCUUCAGAGGCGUGUUCAGGACAGGGCAGAACCAAAACCAGAUCCUAGAUCAGGACCAGGACUGGGAAAAGACCAGCCUGGAAGGCCCGGCCUUGUUGGACGAGUCAACCUGGUCUGGAUUUAACAGCACUGAGCUGGACGACAGCCGCAGCUUCACUUACGACCACACUGAGAUCCCGCCCCCUCCUGACAAAAUGGCCCCGCCCCCGAAGAUUCUCAUCCAGGAGGAGAUUUGUUCUGAGAUCUGUCAAUCAAAGGAGCAGUUCACCCAGUCGCUGGGCGGCCUCUCUGAAGUCCCGCCUCCCUCACCUUACUACACCAACAGCUGCUGUCAGGCCUCACCUGAGCACACAGGGUUGACGAUGAAGGCUCUUCUCCUUUUCAUCUUCACCAUCUUCAUCUUCACUGCUCUAUACUCAAGGUGUCUUUUGUGGAGCGCGACCGUCGCAUCGACCGCGUUCACGAUGAUCGCGACGUUUAUGAUCCUGACGAAGUCGGGGCCGAUGGGCGAGUGGAGGAGGGCGAAGACGGAGGACAUCACAUCAAGAAACGAGUGAAAGAAGCGUUGGGAGAAAGUUUCCAAAGUCUGCAGCCUGAAACUGGAAAAGCUCUGCUGGGACUCAGUAGAAGUAUUUCACAUUUUUCACUAACUGUUUGCAUGUACGCUGCACUUAAAGUUAUACCGAGCUCCGGAAAACGUUUUACAGCAAAAAAAGCCAGUUUGAUGACUGCAAAUGAAAAACCUUUUUGAAUGUAAACCGACGAGAUGCGUCGACCAGAAGGGCUGAAGUUCAAAUUUAAGCUGAAACAUUUCUCAGCAUCUAACCGUUAAAACCAAAGCGAAAAACUCCGGGAAAGUUAACAUGAUGAUGCAUCCAUCGAGAUUAAACCUGAAACUGAGGCUUUUUCUCUUAAAUGUUGGAAACUAAUGUUUGGAUUUUCCCGGAGUGUAAAAGUAUAAAAAUCAGACGAUGUGCUUGUUGUUAGAAUGCUGAAGGAGCUCAUUAACAUAGUGACACAAGUUACUGUAGUUUAGCUAUAAAACAUGAACAAGUAUCAAAUAUAAAACAUACAAAUGUACCUGAUGUAUUUCUGAAAUACUGUAAAUGUAUAUCUAUAUUGUUAAUAGUUGAACUUGGCUUUUUUGGGCUGUCCAAAGUGACCAAACGUCAGACUGAACUCGUCUGGAGAACAAAUUCAGGUCCAACAGCAGCGAGCGUCGCUGUGAAGCCUCACUUCUUUUCAAAAUAAGAGCAGUGACUUUUAAAAAACAACACACACACCUGAAGUUGUAGUUGAUCUACGUGGGAGUUGUUAACACAGGAAGAUAAUUGCCUUUUUUUUUCAUGAGGAAUGAAGAGUUUUAUUCCAAAAUGAAACCAGAAAAAAAGGACUCGUACAGUAAAGCUGCUCUAGCUCUGAUGUUAUUGUGAAAAUCUGAAUUCUGGUUUCUGGUUCUGACAAGAAAGGGUUUUCUGACGUCUUUAAAGUUAUAAUAAGGAGACGUUUAGUUUGCUGAUGUCACUUGAUUGACAGGUCGGUGGGCGGGGCCAAGAACUCCAAUUACAUCCACAUGUUGUUGCAUGAUUCUACCUCAUUUGGAUUAAUUCAUACUGCUAGUUCUUAAAUAAACUUGAUGAAUUAAAUCCGGGGAAGAUAUAAGUCCAGUUCAUGAGACCCCUUCAAAAGUGCCUUUUAUAUCAGCCAGCCGUGCAGACACACACGAAAACACAGAGACAUGUUGGAUUCACAUCAACAGACCUGCUGCGCUGUUACAAAGAGGUAAUUCUCACAGUUUGAUUUCUGCUGCAGGGUGUAGCAGUUAGGAGAGGUUUUUUUAGAUCUAAAAUGUUUUAAUAUAUUUGGCUGCUAACACAUUGUUACUGGGAGGGAAAAUAUAAAUCAGAUUACACUUUUUCAAUAACAGCAAAGUCCUCAUUUCUGAUUAAAUAACCCUGCUGUCGCUGUGACAGAAUACUGGGGGAGUUCUGGAAUUAUCCAAUAAUAUCCAAUAAUAUCAAAUUUAUGAGGUUCAUUUUAAAGGAAUGUUU